AUGCAACAGCGACUCGGAGGCCACAUCUGCGCACAUAUCAUCCCCAACUCCCCGAUGCGCCAACAGCUGCUUAAACUCGUUCUUCCUAGAUUCCGGCAGACCUGCAUCUCGAAGACUUCGACAAUUUUGUUAGACGGUCGCACGCACAGGGACUGGCUGGAAUAUGAAGCUCCUAUGCCUACCAGCAAAACGCUUUCCUGCCCUCGAUCAUUACAGUAUGUGCUGAUGGCCAUACUCACCAACGCCACCUCUGGCGUAGGAAAAGCUGGUUGCAGACAUUCGACGACGUUGUCCACGAGAGCCUACGCGAGAAGUCAAAGACGACUACGAAGAGCUGCUUUCCCCAAACGUCUAUGGACACCCGCUCUGCAUCGGCUGCUAAUGCGAUCCUCGGAGCUCUUUUCGACGUCCGUCAGGCGGGAUGAAGAUCAUCUAGGCAGCCAGUCUGGCGUUCGACUGGCGAAUGUAGCCGGCAAUUGGGGCGGUGGAGAUAACUUGCACACUACUUGGCCUGGACCCCAGCAUCCAGACCGAGAUGAGGUGUCCGCUUUCAGCACUCCACCUAGGAUGCCUACCUCUGGCGAGAUUGACGCGCAUAACCAGAGCGCUUCGACUUCCUGGCGCAGGGCAGCAGCCUCCAAUUUGCAGCCUGUGUCUGCGUCCAGAGUCCCGCAUUUUCCUUUGAGCUCCGGCUUCAUUGAUACCACCGCCAUCUCAGAGACUAUCAACUACGGCGCCUGCAUUCCGUUACUUGUCGCGGAGCACCCACCGGUGUCCACGAGAUGCCAGAUGCCACUAAAGGAAGAACAGCACCCAAAGAAGUCCGGCAGGUCCAGAUUUGCGGAUGAUCGCGAAGAAAAGAAGCAGCAGAAAGUACGAUAUGGACGAGAGGCAACAGCUAGCGCCAUCAGUGCACUAUGUUGCCUGUUCAUGUUUUCCUUUAUGCUGGUGAUGCCAUGCCCCCACGCUGGUAAUGUCUCCAUGCUGCUCAUAUUUCUGCGCUGUUCAUAUUCCCAUGCUGUUCAUGUCUUUGAAUGUCUUCGUGCUUUGUAUGUGGGUAUGCUGCUCAUGUUUUCAUGCUUCGAAUGUCUUCAUGCUGCUCAUGUCUUCAUGCUUCGAAUGUCUUUAUGCUUGGAAUGUCUUUAUGCUUGGAAUGUCUUCAUGCUUGGAAUGUCUUCAUGCUUCGAAUGUCUUCAUGCUUCGAAUGUCUUCAUGCUUCGAGUGUCUUCAUGCUUCUCGUGUGUUUGUGCUGGUCGUGUGUUCAUCCUGCUCGUGCGUUCAUGCUACUCAUGUCUUCAAGCCUUGAGUGUCCCGUGCUUUUCGUCUCUUCCGCCAGCGCAGAAGCCUGCCAUUCUGCGCGCUGAUAUUCUGGUGCUCUUCUCGUACCAAGUCCGUGACGGUGACGGUCUGCUUCAGAUCAUAACGAGUGGCUUGCCCAAUCUCGAAGCACUCUUCAUAUCUGGCUUCAUAUCGGGGCAGACUGAACUUUUGGAGGGUCUUGGGCGGCUCCCACGUUUGACUUCCGGUUGCGUCUGUUCAAUGACAGCUUUGGCUCGUAGGCUCGCAUAUGUUGAAGAAGAGCAUGCACAUUCGUGGACUGUCGCCGUGCUUCCUGCGUAG